CACCAACAGCCUCACAGUUAAUGAAUUCUCUGUAUGUCUGUUUCAGCUUGGGUGGGCUCGCUGUCCAUGGGGAUGAUCUUCUUCUGCUCCCCCAUCGUCAGCAUCUUCACAGACAUCUUCGGCUGCAGGAUAACUGCUGUGGGUGGUGCUGCUGUUGCCCUGAUCGGCCUCAUGGCCAGCUCCUUUGUCAAGACCCUCGGUGUGAUGUACUUCACGUACGGCAUUGUGUUCGCCUGCGGCUGCUCGUUUGCCUACCAGCCCAGCCUGGUCAUUCUGGGCCACUACUUUAAGAAGCGACUGGGCCUGGUGAACGGCAUCGUGACCGCCGGCAGCGGCAUCUUCACCAUCACCCUGCCUUUCUGUAUGUCUACCAUGCUGGAGAAGCUGGGCCUGCAGAACACUCUGCGUGUUCUUUGCAUCCUCAUGUUUGUGCUGAUACUAGCCAGCUUCACCUACAAGCCCCUGCUGCCAGCCAAUCCCACCGAGUCCCAAACAGGAAAAUUCAGCUUAAGUCGGAUCUUCAACAAGAACAUCUGGAAGUCUGUGGGAUACCGUAUUUGGGCGUUCGGCAUACCUGCUGCCCUUUAUGGCUACUUUGUUCCUUACGUGCAUCUGGUAAGUCGUCCUCUUUUCACCUGCAGGUCCUUAUUAGUUUUAACAUGGUGUCUAGAAAAGAAACCAGCAGCCAUGAAUGAAAAAGUGUUUGAUUUGUUUACCAGGAUGAGAAGCUUAGCAACGGAAACAGUUGGUUGAGUCAUUUUGAAAAAAAAAAGAAGUGAAACAUCAUCUUCUACACUUUGAAUUGAUUUCUACUGUGAAAAAACUCCUCCCCGCUUAUAGAUGAACUAUUAUUAUAGUAUUUUUAGAUCAGACACAGUUUGAAAUCAGGCAAAGUCUAAUAGAGGUAAAAACACAGAGCUUUUUAUAGGAUAAUUUCAUUUAUUAAUGGGAAAGAACUAUCCGAAACAGACCUGACCUUUGGUGAAAAACAGUCUUCCUCUUGUUGGAUCAUGAGUUAACUUCAACAUUUUUGGGUCAGUUUCACUUUCUACAUCCAGUGUCUAAGUCAGGCAACUUCACAGCUAAAUAUUUUCCAAGUGGCCUAGUCAAAGUUAGAUUGAGAUCCAGCUGAGACGCUGAAGUACGACGCCGUAGUAAGUUUAUCAGAUCAUCUGUUUGAUUAUCUGAUAUACACUCACCGGCCACUUUAUUAGGUACCCCAUGCUAGUAACGGGUUGGACCCCCUUUUGCCUUCAGAACUGCCUCA